ACUGCUGAAGAUGGGGAGGAGGAAUUAUCCAUUUGCUGUUGCUUCAGCGUAAGCUCCCUCGGGCUCAGCUCAUCUCCGCUGCGGUUGCUGCUCUUCUUGGAGAAUCACUGCAGGUGUAGGCUUGUCAAGAAUGACGCUCUCUGUUCCUCUCCCUCGGCCAAACCACUACUUCAACUCUUCCAUUCAACAGUGGAGGCGUUUGCCUGGGGUUAUACCACCUGCAAGACCCGGAUAUCGCCUGGACCGCGACUGGCGAGCGUCUAACGUUGGACCCAUCACAGCAGCUCCUUCGCUGGCGGACUCACCUUCCUCAUUCCCACUCUUUCAGCCUUCCCCUACCCAAGAAUCUCUCUCUGAGCUCGAACCAGCGGACCCCGAUUUUUACAAGAUUGGAUAUGUUCGAAGUAUGCGAGCUUAUGGAAUAGAAUUUAAGGAAGGGCCGGAUGGAUUUGGAGUCUAUGCUUCCAAAGAUGUUGAGCCACUGCGCCGUGCUAGGGUAAUCAUGGAAAUUCCACUGGAACUAAUGUUAACCAUUAGACAAAAGCCCCCUUGGAUGUUCUUCCCAGAUAUAAUACCGAUUGGUCAUCCCAUUUUUGAUAUUAUUAAUUCAACCAAUCCAGAGACGGAUUGGGACCUGAGAAUGGCAUGUCUUCUUCUCUAUGCAUUUGAUAAGCCGGACAACUUCUGGCAGUUAUAUGGAGACUUUUUACCAAGUGCAGAUGAGUGCACUAGCUUGCUUCUAGCAACAGAGGGGGAUCUUUCGGAGUUGCAGGAUCCAACCCUUGCUUCAACUAUGAAACAACAGCAAAGACGUGCCCUGGACUUUUGGGAAAAACAUUGGCAUAAUGGUGCACCACUCAAGAUUAAGCGUCUCGCUCGCGAUCCUGAGAGAUUCACUUGGGCAGUGAGUGUGGCACAGUCACGAAGUAUUGGCAUGCAAAUAAGGAUAGGUGCUCUUAUUCAGGAUUCUAAUAUGCUAAUUCCUUAUGCUGACAUGCUCAAUCAUUCUUUCGAACCAAAUUGUUUUCUACAUUGGCGCUUUAAGGAUCGCAUGCUUGAGGUGAUGAUAAAUGCUGGACAAAGGAUAAGAAAGGGAGAUGAGAUGACAAUCAAUUACCUUGGUAGCCAGAAGAAUAACAUGUUCAUGCAAAGAUACGGCUUUUCAUCACCUGUGAAUCCUUGGGAUGCUAUUGAGUUCUCUGGCAAUGCUCAUAUACAUUUGGAUUCGUUCUUGUCUGUCUUCAACAUAUCUGGCCUUCCUGAUGAAUAUUACCAUAGGAGUCCAGAUCAUCUACCCAAUGUUGGAGGCACUUUUGUGGAUGGGGCUGUUCUUGCAGCCGCAAGAGCACUACCCACUUGGUCAGAUAGAGAUCUGCCUGCAGUGCCCAGCGUGGAAAGAAAGGCGGCAAAAGAAUUGCAAGAAGAAUGCCAACAGAUGCUUGCACAGUUCCCUACAACAUUGAAGCAAGACCAGGAAAUACUAGAUUCCAUGCCACAAAGUUGGACAUUUGAAGCUGCAAUUAAGUAUAGGUUUCAUCGGAAGUUGUACAUACAAAAAGUCAUCCAGGCGUUGGAUAUGUAUCAAGAGCUUUUAUUGUUUUAGUUCGCACAUAUUCAAAUAAUAAUACACCAAAUCUUUUGAGAGAGCA